AUGUUGAGAAAAUCCUUCCAAUCCUUGAUUCUUCUUCUCUUUGUUUUCACCUCUUCAUCACAUUCAAAUGCUUAUCCUCUAUCAACACAAUCAAGAUGGAUUAUCGAUGAUUCAACCGGUGAACGGGUGAAACUUGUUUGCGGCAAUUGGGCUGGUCACCUUCAACCAAUGAUCCCUGAGGGUCUAGAUAGAAUACCCUUAAAGGAACUUGUUGGUGAGCUUGUGAAAAACAGGUUCAAUUGUGUUAGACUAACAUAUGCAGUUUAUAUGUGGACAAGACAUGCACAUGGCAUUGUGAAUAACACUUUUAAUUAUUUGGAUGCACCAGAAGUUGUGGCUGGUAUUGCUAAGUAUAAUCCUUCAAUUUUGAAAAUGACUCACAUUGAGGCUUUUGAUGCUGUUGUGAACGAACUUGGUGCUCGAAAUGUUAAAGUGUUGCUUGAUAAUCAUGUUAGUGAGCCUAAAUGGUGUUGUAAUGACGACGACGACAAUGGUUUCUUUCAUGAUCAACACUUUGAUCCUCAAGAAUGGAUUCAUGGACUUACCUUGGCAGCCAAGCACUUUUAUGGACAUCAACCUAUUGUGGCAAUGAGCUUGAGGAAUGAAUUGCGUGGUCCACGCCAAAACCUAAGAGAUUGGUACAAGUACAUGAGCCAUGCAGCAUUAGUCAUCCAUAAAACAAAUCCAAAUGUGCUUGUGGUUAUCUCAGGUUUGAACUAUGACACUGAGUUGCAGUUUUUAAGGAACAAUCCACUGAAGAUAGACUUAGGGGAAAAAAUGGUGUAUGAGGCACAUUUAUACUCAUGGUCUGGAAUUGGAACACUCAAAUUGAAAGAAUUUUGGAGUAAGCAACCAUUGAAUAGAAUAUGCGCCGAAAACAUUGAAGGGUUAGACCAAAGCGCUGGUUUCCUUACCUCCGGUAAGAAUGCAGUUCCUUUGAUCAUUACUGAGUUUGGAUUUGACCAGACAGGUUCUUCAGUUGAAGAUAAUAGAGAAGACAAACUCCAACUCGAUGAGUCAUUUGGUGUAGUAGAUGCUACUUGGCACAAGCUUAGAUACCCUAAUUUCGCGGACAAGUUUCAACUUUUGCAAAGGAAGAAUCAAGAUCCUACUUCCAAAGUCUCUGAAGCAUAUAUUAUGUACCAUCCUCUUACUGGUCAAUGUGGUCAAGUGAAUGACAAGAAUGAACUUGAAAUCGGUAGCUGCGAGAAUCAAACAAGAUGGAUUUAUAAUGGUUCUCAAAUCCUUUUGAAUGAUUCCAAGAAGUGCUUAACUGCUAUUGGUGAAGGGCUUCCAGUAGCUAUUUCUGAUGAUUACGAAAACAAGAACAGUUCAUGGAAAUCUGAAUCACUUUCUAGACUUCAUUUGGCUACUGUGGAUCAAAAUGGGAAACAUCUUUGCUUGCAUAAGGAUUAUAACUCAUCUUUUGUUGUGACUUCAAAAUGUAUCUGCAUAAAUGAUGAUUCUCUUUGUCUUGAUGAUCCACAGAGCCAAUGGUUCCAACUUGUUGCAACCAAUGUUUAG